GCCGGCGGUGACGUCACGGCCGCGGGCUCGGGGCGGGCAGUUGAGCCCGGGUGCCGGACGGCGGCUGAGGUGCUGAGCGGGCGGCCCGGGCACCUGCACCAGGAGCCCCCCCCCCCCUUCUCCGAGCGGCUCUCGCUGCAGCGCUGCGCGGAGCCCGGCCGGCCGGCCGCGAUGCCGUCGGACCGGCCCUUCAAGCAGCGGCGGAGCUUCGCGGAUCGUUCGAAAGAGGUGCAGCAGAUCCGAGAGCAACAUCCAAGCAAAAUCCCGGUCAUCAUUGAAAGAUACAAGGGGGAAAAGCAGCUGCCUGUGCUGGAUAAGACCAAAUUUCUAGUCCCCGACCAUGUCAAUAUGAGUGAAUUGGUAAAAAUUAUCCGGCGCCGCCUGCAGCUGAACCCUACCCAAGCCUUCUUCCUGCUGGUGAACCAGCACAGCAUGGUGAGUGUCUCCACCCCCAUCUCGGAGAUCUACGAGCAGGAGAAGGACGAGGACGGUUUCCUGUACAUGGUCUAUGCCUCGCAGGAGACCUUCGGCUACUGAGACAGAUGCACAGCACGCGGGGACAAACUGAAACUGUUGCACACGGCCCCCACCCCCUCACCCUGGGAAGAUGACGUGGCCAGAGGCUCAUGGCGCAGGAGCUGUGCAGACACCCCUCUCCCCGCCCCCAUCAACUUCACCCCUGUAAAGGCACAGACAAAGCUAGUGCGGUGUGUUUGACUCAUGCCUCCCCUCCCUUUGUGUAGUUUGGCCCCAUCCCCCUGCCCCAUGUACAGCACUAGUCCCUCACCUCCCCAUCCCACCUCCUCCUCAGCAGGAACUUCAGCUGCUCUCACUGUGCUGUGUGUGUGUAAUUGUUCUUAGUCUAAUGCCAAAUCAGCUGGGGCUGGUGAUGGGGAGUCGAAGGAGGGGGCCCAUCUCCUUGACCUGUAGUGCGGGGAGGGGCUUGUCCUCUGAAAAUCUAAUAAAGGACAGGAAGUCUGCAAAAAAA